AGCCGUUGUUGCCGCGGAAUAGGAAGACAUGGCCGGCGUGGUGGAAGAGUAUGGAGCUCGUAUGCAAGAGCAGGAUCUCGUUCUCAUAGGAAACAUGCCGACUCUGGCUGAAUCACAAAGGCUUUAGUUUUUGCUCCGAGACAAACAGAAAAUUGGGAAUUAACUGUUAGUUAUGUCCCAAGGCAGUUUGCUACAUGAGAAAGAAAUCAAGUCCCUUAUUGCUGAAAUUGAGAGUUUAAAAAACCCUGUGAUACUAGAUUAUUCCUUGGGACUGGGCGAGAUGUUAGAGGAAAACACGAAACUCAAGUACCGUUUAAACGUUCUCAAGCGGAGUCUACAAGAAGAGGAGAGCAAAGUAGGAUCCAGUAUGAUAAAUAUUAAUCAGCGUCUACAGAACAUUUUCAGUGUUGCCAUCAAACUUGCCUAUCCACAUUUUGAAAACCCACCAUUAGCAGUCACACCAAGCCAGCAUGCCAGAUUUGGAGAUUACCAGUGUAACAGUGCCAUGGCAAUGUCUCAGCAAUUGAAAGCCAAAGGGGAGAAAAUUAAUCCCAUGGAAAUUGCCAAACAAAUUAUCAAUAACAUUCCAAAAAAUGAUAUAAUUGAAAAGGUCGAUAUUGCUGGACCAGGGCCAGACGUGCAGCAAAAGAGCUGAUUAGAUGUAUUAGUUUCUUCGGUCAUGUAGCAUCCCCAGCUAACAGCAUUUCGUAAAGGAGCUCCAGACAAUCAUAAAAGCUGCCUAAGCU